AUGUCGGUUGUUGCUCGUCGAGUUUGGCCCCGUCGAGCGCUCUUUUACACCCCAGGAAGUGACAUGCGCAAGAUUGAAAAGCUGCGAAAAUUAUCUGGGGCUGGCGUCCCAGAUUUUGUCGCCCUCGAUCUUGAAGAUGGUGUCGCUCUAUCAGCAAAAGCCCAAGCUAGGGAAAACAUUGCCAAAACAUACGAAGGACUUCGCUCUGAUAUGCCCAACAUUCAGUUUGGUAUCCGGGUCAAUUCCGUAUCAUCGGGUUUAUUAACCGAGGAUUUGCGCAUUCUUCGCGAGCUAAAGUCGGCGCCAAGCUGUCUCUUGCUUCCCAAAGUCGACUCACCUGAAGAAGUCAGGGAAUUUGUGGAAACGUAUUCGCUGGCACUUGGCAGAUGUCGAUGGAAACUCAAAGCUCCUGUUCCGUUAGUUUCGUUUAUCGAAACAGCGCAAGGACUCCUCAACAUGAAGGAUUCAUUCCAAGCGAUCCUCGACAGCCAAUACAUCAAACACGAAGCUACAGUCUUUGGCUCCGAUGAUUUCGUCGCUUCUAUAGGGGCUCAUCGAAGUCAAAAUGGAGAAGAACUAAUGUACGCUCGACAAAAACUCGUUGCUCACGCGAAAGCUUUCAAUAUCCAAGCUAUCGACAUGGUCUGGAUCGACUUCAAGAAUCUCCAAGGUCUGGAAGAAAAUUCGAGGCAAGGAGCAAAUCUUGGAUUUACCGGCAAGCAAGUCAUUCACCCAGCAAACAUCGAGACCGUCCAACGAGUCUUUUCCCCCUCCGAAGAAAAAAUCCAGUGGGCGACAGAACUUCUAGAGCAAUUCGCCGAACACGAAAAGAGCGGAACAGGAGCAUUUGUCUUCCGUGGCAAAAUGAUAGACAUGCCGCUUGUGAAACAGGCUGAAAAUAUCAUCGUCUCCUCAAGCUCAUCCUAA